CGCCCCUCCAGUCUGUGCCAUCUUGUAUUUAGCAAAGAACAAAAACGGUUUAAGAAACCAGCCGAAGCUCGGGAUGGGGCGCGGGCGUUGAGUCGGUUUAAGAGCAGAUUUUAGAAACAGCCCGGUGUUAACGGGACAGUAUGUUUGGAAGUGGGCCUCGCGAGUAAAAAAUCAGCCACACCCCGGAGAACCGCUAAUGUUAACGUUAGCUCAAGCUAUCGAAGCUAACGUUACCGUUAGCUCAAGCUAUCGAAGCUAAGCUAGCCAAUUAGUUAAGGCUAGCACCGAGCUAACGAGGCUAAGCGCCGAGUUUGUGUCUGAACCAGCUGAACUAGCAGUUCAUUAACUUCAUCGUCGGGACGUUUUGGGGGAAAUGAGACCAGCGUCGUGGUGAUUAUCUGCCGAGAGAGGAGACCGGGCUAUGAGAGAGGAGACCGGGCUAUGAGGAUAGAGGCUCGCUAGCUCGGCUGCUAACGGUUGUUUUUCGGUCCGCAGCGGAACCACAAUAAGCCGCGGCCCUGGCCAUGCCCUCGAGUGCACGGUCGGGCAGCAUCAAAGACCCCGAGGUGGCUGACCUUUUCUGCAAAGAUGAUCCGGAGAAGCUGUUCGCCGACCUCCGUGAGAUCGGCCACGGCAGCUUCGGAGCCGUUUACUUUGCCCGAGAUGUGCGCAACAAUGAGGUGGUGGCCAUUAAGAAAAUGUCGUACAGCGGCAAGCAGACAAAUGAGAAAUGGCAGGACAUCAUUAAAGAGGUGAAGUUCCUGCAGAAACUUCGCCACCCGAACACCAUCGAGUACCGGGGCUGUUACCUGAAGGAGCACACGGCAUGGCUGGUGAUGGAGUACUGCCUGGGCUCGGCCUCGGACCUCCUCGAAGUUCACAAAAAGCCGCUCCAGGAAAUAGAAAUAGCUGCUAUUACCCACGGUGCACUGCAGGGAUUAGCGUAUCUUCACUCUCACAACAUGAUUCACAGGGACGUGAAAGCGGGAAACAUCCUGCUGACUGAGCCCGGUCAGGUCAAACUGGGGGACUUUGGCUCUGCCUCCAUCGUGGCUCCGGCCAACUCCUUCGUGGGGACUCCCUACUGGAUGGCUCCAGAGGUGAUCCUGGCGAUGGACGAGGGCCAGUAUGACGGCAAGGUGGACGUCUGGUCGCUGGGCAUCACCUCCAUCGAGCUGGCGGAGAGGAAGCCCCCGCUGUUCAACAUGAACGCUAUGAGUGCCUUAUAUCACAUCGCUCAGAAUGAAAGCCCCAUCCUCCAGUCCAACCACUGGUCUGAUUCCUUCCGCAACUUUGUUGACUCUUGCCUACAGAAGAUUCCCCAGGACCGACCUACCUCGGACGUGCUGCUCAACCAUCGGUUCUUGUGCCGUGAGCGUCCGCUGACGGUCGUCAUGGACCUGAUCGCCCGGACCAAGGACGCAGUGAGAGAGCUGGACAACCUGCAGUACCGCAAGAUGAAGAAGAUCCUCUUCCAGGAGACGCAGCAGAACGGCCCCGUGUCUGAGGGAGGGGAGGAAGAGGAGGAGGUGGAGCAGUACCUGUUGAGGACAGGCACAGUGAACAGCAUGGAGAGCUCCCAGUCGGUGCCCAGUAUGUCCAUCUCAGCCAGUUCUCAGAGCAGCUCUGUCAACAGUCUGGCCGACGCGUCUGAUGACAGCAGCAGCGAGAUGGCCAUGAUGCAGGAGGGCGAGCACACAGUCACCUCCAACAGCUCCAUCAUCCACCGACCCACGGGUCAGGAUAACAUCUACGAUGACCCGUACCAGCCGGAGAUGGACCAACCUCAGGCUCCCUCGGCUGGACGCCGCCGAGCCUACUACCGCAACCGGGACCACUUUGCCACCAUCCGGACCGCCUCCUUGGUGACCCGUCAGAUCCAGGAACACGAGCAGGGCUCGGCGCUGCGGGAGCAGAUGUCCGGCUACAAGCGUAUGCGGCGGCAGCAUCAGAAGCAGCUGAUGGGGCUGGAGAACAAGCUGAAGGCAGAGAUGGACGAGCACCAGCUGAAGCUGGACAAGGAGCUGGAGAACCAGAGGAACAGCUUCUCCACUGAGGCCGACAAGCUGGCCAAGAAGCACCAGGCCAUCCUAGAGAAAGAGACGAAAGCCGCUCUGGCAGAAGAGAAGAAGUUCCAGCAGCACAUACUGGGCCAGCAGAAGAAAGAACUGACGAGUUUACUGGAGUCCCAGAAACGCCAGUACCGCCAGCGCAAGGAUCAGCUUAAAGAGGAGCUGAACGAGAACCAGUCGACUCCGAAGCGGGAGAAGCAGGAGUGGCUGAUCCGUCAGAAGGAGUGCCUGCAGCAGAUGCAGGCGGAGGAGGAGGCCAGCCUGCUGCGGAGGCAGCGGCAGUACUACGAGCUGCAGUGUCGCCAGUACAAGAGGAAGAUGCUGCUGGCUCGCCACAACCUGGAGCAGGACCUGCUCAGAGAGGACCUGAACAAGAAGCAGACCCAGAAGGAUCUGGAGUGCGCCAUGCUGCUGCGGCACCACGAGUCCACCCAGGAGCUGGAGUUCAGGCAGCUGGGCUCGGUGCAGCGGACCCGGGCCGACCUGAUCCGAACGCAACACCAGACCGAGCUGACCAACCAGAUGGAGUACAACAAGCGCCGUGAGCAAGAGCUGCGACAGAAGCACACCAUAGAGGUCCGUCAGCAGCCCAAGAGCCUCAAGUCCAAAGAGCUGCAGAUCAAGCGUCAGUUCCAGGAAACCUGUAAGAUCCAGACGCGUCAGUACAAAGCCCUGAGGAACCACCUGCUGGAGAGCACUCCCAAAUCCGACCACAAGGCCGUCCUUAAACGCCUCAAAGAGGAGCAAACACGUAAGCUGGCCAUCCUGGCCGAGCAGUACGACCACUCCAUCAACGACAUGCUGUCCACACAGGCUGUGAGUAAGCUGCGUCUGGACGAGACCCAGGAGGCGGAGUACCAGGUGCUGAGGAUGCAGCUGCAGCAGGAGCUGGAGCUGCUGAACGCCUACCAGAGCAAGAUCAAGAUCCACACUGACACGCAGCAUGAGCGCGAGGUGAAGGACCUGGAGCAGCGGGUGUCCAUCCGCCGGGCGCUGCUGGAGCAACGGAUCGAGGAGGAGAUGCUCUCGCUGCAGAACGAGCGUUCAGAGCGGAUCCGGACUCUGCUGGAGCGCCAGGCCCACGAGAUCGAGGCCUUCGACUCGGAGAGCAUGCGCCUGGGCUUCAGCAACAUGGCGCUGAGCGGCAUCCCGGCCGAAGCCUUCAACCAGGGCUACCCGACCCCCAGCCCGUCCUCAGGCUCUGGCGGCUGGCCGUCCCGGCCCGUCCCGCGCUCGGGCAGCCACUGGAGCCACAGUGUGCAGAACUCGGUGACGACUCCGUCCUGGCGCAGCCAGAACCACGCCGGCGGAGGCUUCAGCCGCGCUGAGUCCAUCACGUCGGCUCACUGCCUCGGCAGGGACAGCGAGCUGCACAAGAGCAGCCGAGGCCCCUCCUCCUCUUCCUCCCACUCCUCCCAUCACCACCACCAGCAGCAGCACUACCUCCCGCAGCACUACCAGCACCACCAGAGCACGCCGCAGCUGUACCGUGACAGCCACGACGGCCGGGAGCGCGAGCGCCCCAGGGAGUGGGUCGGCGGCGGCAGCGGCGGCCAUUACCCCCAUCCCUCGCAGGUCCACCACCACCACCACCACCUUGCCACCCACGCCUCCUCGCAGUCCCUGGCGCUCCUGCCGCCCCCCCCACCCCCUCCCCCCAUCUCCCUGUCCUCCUCCUCUCCGCCGUCCUCCGCCUCGUCUUCCUCCUCGUCACAGGGCGGCUACGGCGGCCUGAGCAUCCGCGGCCCCGGGCUGAUGGCCCUCAGGAACAGCCCCCAGCCUCUGAGGAGGACGGCGUCCGGAGGGCCGGGGGGGGGGAGCGACGGAGGGCUCAGCCGGAGCACGUCGGUCACGUCUCACAUUUCUAACGGCUCGCACCUCUCUUACUCAUGAAACCGCCCAGCGUCUCCUCUCUGAUUGGUCGCUCUCCUUCAGAGAGAGAGAGAGAGAGAGAGAGAUUUAAUUCUUAGCAUAUUUUUUAGAGGCUUUAUAGAGCCGCAGCAAAGUAAAUCUGCCGUUUAAAAAAAGAAAAAAUCCCAAUUUUAAGUGUAAAUUUGACAUUUCCUUUCCAGAAGGGUGACGGGACUUAGACAUGUUCCUGAUGCCCAAUAAAAGAAAGAGAAGGAAGCCUUUUUCAUGAAGUCGCUGACAGAGAAACACGCGAGUAGUAAGACCCCGAGCAUCAGUGUUAACUCGUCCACACGUUAAAGAGCUGCACAGGAACUCAGCAAUCCACCAAUGAGACGGGAGCCGUGUGCUGCAGAAUGAACAAGUCCAACGCUGUAAGAUCUGACCACAACUACUUGAGUCCAUUUGUUCAUUCUGUGUUGACGGUUUAACGGCUCCAGACCCUCGGAGUCAGGGAGCACGUUUAAAGUUUAAAUUCUGGUUUUCAGCCACAGUUGUGGAGCGUCCACUCGGCCUGCGGUGCUUUAAAAACCACUGUAACUAUGUAAAUAACGGUCAGUUGUAAACCCAGGUUUUUUUUGUAGUGUUUCAUACGUUCAGCGGGGCGGAGAGGACGGGGGGUGCUGACCAGGGAAGAUCUCCUGAAAACAAAUUCUUCUUUUAUUUGUAGUGAUAAAUAAGAUUGUGUAUAUGACAAUUAAAGAAACACUGCCAUCUCUGUGUUGGGCCGAGACAACUCUACCACUGCCCUCCAAGUCUUCUUAAAGGAACAGUCCAACUUUGUGACACGUGAGCUUGUUUGCUGUCUUAAUUACAGAUAAUUAGUUACUAAGAAGUUUGAUCUCUGGGUGUUCACAGUACAGAAGUCUAGCAUUAUCAGGAAACAACUACCUCUGACUCUGGUCCAGUAUUAAGAGAGA